UCCUACAAAUUUUCAAAAAAUUCUGAAUAAAUUAAUAUACCGAAAACAUGAUUAAAACAGCUUCUUACAAGCGUGUAAAAGUCAACUGUUUGAAGCAUGUUUUCGGCACCGUAAAUUAUUCGAAAUUUUUUAAAAAUUUGCAAAGUAUCUUAAAUUAUUACAAUGAUGUAUACUGUCGUCUAAAAAAUUUGAAAAAAAAAAUCUAGAUAUAAAAAACACAAACUUGAUGUACCAAUAUUAUAAAAAAAGAAAAUUGAAUGCACCUUAGUAGCUCCCAUAUAAUUUAAUUUAGCACAAUAAAUAAACAAUAUAUCAUAAUUCAUAAGAUCAUAUGGCUUCUUAAAAAACAGUAUAUUAAUUUAAUUAAGUAUUUUUUUAACCAAUUAAUUUAAUUAAGUUGACAUACAUAAUAAUAACAAGCAAAAUAACAAAUAUUCAGUUAAGUCCGCCAUGGGACUGUGCCUAUCCAAACUCUCGUCGGAGCUCCCCCACUCCGACUCCCUCAACGGAGGCCAUGAAAGCCGAGCCGUCUUCUCCGACCAACGCAACUCCACCAAUACUCACACUCGGCCCCACGCUCUCUUCUCUCUCUACUCCCGCAGAGGAACCAGACCUCUCAACCAAGACUCCGCAGUUCUCUGUCAGGGUUUCGGAAUGACUGAAGCAACCGUCUGUGCUGUUUUCGACGGCCAUGGACCCAACGGCCAUGUAGUGAGCGAGCUGGUCAGGAAUCGCCUUCCUCUGAUUUUGCUCAACCAAAGAGUCGUCGUCAACGAAAGUUCUGCCGUGAAAAUGGAAAACAUUGAAUUCAAAUUGGUACCGCCUAAUUUUGAUAUGGAUCCUAAGAUUUGGAACGAAGUGAUCACCAGUUCGUUUGAAGUUAUGGACGCCGAGCUUGAGAUUCCGCAUAAAUUUGACUUCUCUUGUAGUGGAACCACCGCCGUCGUCGCCAUUGCACAGGGAGAAGAUCUCAUCGUAGCGAAUUUGGGGGAUUCAAGGGCAAUUUUGGGGACGAUUACAGAGAACAAUAGCGGAAUAGAAAGUGUUCAAUUGACCACUGAACAUAAGCCUAGCGUAACGAGAGAGGCAGAGCGAAUAAGGAGUUGCAAUGGAAGAGUUCUAGGGCUGAAGAAGGAACCAGAGAGCAAGCGAGUAUGGCUGCCGAACGAGUACAUUCCUGGGCUAGCCAUGUCUCGUGCUUUGGGGGAUUUUGUGCUCAAAGGCCACGGCGUCAUCUCCGUCCCUGAUGUCUCCUACCGUCGACUCACUCCCAGUGACCAAUUCAUCGUUCUUGCUACUGAUGGGGUUUGGGAUAUGUUGAGUAAUGAUGAAGUUGCGAAGGUUGCUUGGGAAGCCAAGAAUGAGGAGGCGGCGGCAAAAGCGGUGGUUAAGGCGGCCAGGGCGGCGUGGAAAAGGAGGUCACGUGCUCCCAAAAUAGAUGAUUGUACUGUGGUUUGUCUCUUCUUUCACAAGAAACGGUUCAAUAGUGUAUUAUAGAGUUUGGAAUAUUAGGAUUUUUUAUUUUUUGUUUUUAUUUCUCUCAUUUUUUUCUUUCCAAUUAAGCUCUGAUGCUGAAUUAAUUUGCAUAUAAUUAUGUAAUAAGAGAGUUGCUAAAGACACAAGCACUGUCUAACACUAUAAAGAAGUGGUAUAUUGUUAUUGAUAUAA